UUCCUUUUGAUUAUAGGGUAAUAUUACCCGGUGCCGAUAUGGCUGCGUCUGACUCUCCCGGAUCUUCUUGUAGGGCGGUUCUUUUUGAAGAGCAAUUUGCUGCUGGUCUUAGGUUUCCUUUGGAUCCCUUUUUAGUAGAAGUGUGUAGGGAUUUAAAGGUUGCUCUAGGGCAACUUUACCCUGGUACGAUUAGAGUAGUGCUCGCCUUUUCGGAGGCAUGUAGGCUCCGGGGCUGUGCCCCUUCUCUCAAAGUGUUAUAUCAUUUUGUAGACUUUAGGAAGUGUGAUGGUUGCUUCGUUUUCGCCCUUGGUAGAGAAGGGCGAUCUCGUAUUUAUCUUCCUUGCCUAACCAGUCGCUGGCGAAGGCGCUUCUUUAUUGUCUAUCAUAAAUUUGCUUUUCUUCAUUUUUCGGAUGGUUUUUCUUCUCAUCCAGUUCGGAGCUAUUCUUCUCCUUUAAGUUUAUCCGAGUCAAAGCUUGCUUUUGACAUAUCUUCCUGUAGUAUUGUGUCGCGUCCCAUUUUAGAUGUCUUGGUUAAUAGUCAUCUUCGGAGUCGAUGGUUUCCUUUGGAGGAUCCUCCUCGAGGCUUGGCGGAUCUUUGCUACUCUUUUGUUCAAGAUUUGGACGUUCCGAUGGGUGGUCCUGACGUUCCUAUCGCCGACGUUAUUCCUGGCGACAUUGUCGUGGAUGGGGCUCCUGUUGAUAUCCCCCUAGCUCCCGCCGAGGUAGCGUUGCCUGAGGUUAUUGUUAUAAAUGAUGAUGAUGGUGAUGACUCGGCUGUUCCAGUCGGCGACGAGGCGAUUCCGUCACUACUCCCCCCUCUAGCAUCAUCUAUCGUUUCGGGGGGAGUUGGGGGUGUGGCCUCAGAGGGGCCUGUUGUUGCUGAUUCGGGGGAGAUUUCUCUAGGUCGAGACCCGGAUUCUCCGUCUAGAAAAAGACGUCGAGUUGUCGAUGAUUCUCCUACGAGGGAGAGUUUUCCUGGAAGCUCUUCUUCUGCUCCAGACUUGGUUCAAUGGGUCGAAGGUCAGGAUCCUGCCAGUUUGCUGAAUCCGAGAGUGCUAGCGGAAUAUAUCCGGACUUUGGCGAUUCCUGAUGAUGUCACGUGGUUCUGUGGUAGGCCGGGUCAGGAGCUUUCCGAUCUGGCUUGUUUUCAUGGUUUCUCUGCCCUUCAAUCUGUUCUGGUAUUGAACGACCGCCGACAGUGUGCCGAGGAGGAGGUCGAGCGUCUGUCUGCUCUUUUGGCGACUUCCGAGUCUGAAAGGGCGAAAUUGAAGGCUUCUUUGGAAGAGCAUGAUUCCCUUCUGGCGCAGCUCAAGGCGCAGGAUGCGAUUAAUGAUCGCCAAGUGAAAGUGAUUGAGAAAAAGACCGAUGACUUGACUCAAGAGAUCGAGGAGCUCAUUCGGAUCAAUUCCCUUGUUGGUGGGGAGAGGGAUAGUCUUAGAACGGAGGUUGAAGGUCUUCACAUCCGUCUGCUAGAUACGAAGGCUUUUUACUCUGCUCUGAUAAGCGAGUAUCGCCUUGCGAUUGGGAAGAAGCUUCUGGAGCAGAAUCCCAAUAUUGAUCUUUCUGGGGUUAACGGGUUGGAUCCCCAGGCCAUCGCCCGUGAUCUCCUCGUCAAGAUUUCUAAAGACCGUGUUUAGUAGUUUUCUUUUGAUUGUAUUUGCUGAUGUAUUAAUUUUGCUUUUUGUAAUUCGCAAUUUAUGAAUAUAUUUUCUUCGUUUUUCUUCGAAA